CUGAGAUAAAACCAUUCAUCAGGUAUAUAUGUAAAACUAUUCUCGAGAUAAAACAAGAAAGUGAAUACACAAUUUUCUUGCCUCUAUUCAUAAGAAAUAAACCUGUUUUCAUUGUGUUUAUUUAACACCAAAAGCACUCAAAAUUGAGGCUUAACAUUCAGACAAACCGUAACUAUAGAACAUAAGAAAAACCUAACUAUUGAAGAGGUUGCAUUAUAUCACAAGUUUAAAACACCAAAGCUCAAGCUGAGUAGCAAAAAUAGGUCUCUUCUUCCGCCACCAAAACCUCAACAGGAACGUCUACAAAAGCCUUGACCGCCACAACGACCACCGGAAAAACGACCACCGACGAAAAGACCACGACCACCACCAGGACCAAAGACAGGAGUACCAAAACGGCUAUAAGGUUCCUCAUCAGAAGAUGAUCCAUCCACAGACAUGCUCUCUGCCUGGGCUUUACAGAGCCAAUUUUAACUUCAUUAUUUGACCUAAACAAUGAGAUCAACAGAUCCAUCUUCUCUUCCAUUUUAUGAAGACGAAUACCAAAUCCUUCCAACAUCUCCAUCGCAUCAGAUAUUUUCAUCUCAGUCGUCAUGUCUUUCUUAUCUUUCUCCAAAUUGUCUGUAGGCGUCGUGUCCUUAAUCACAGAAGGAGAUGCUUCAGCUUUGGUUGCGGAUUUAUUGUCCAUGGAGAAGAUGAUUAGUAGAACAACGCACUAGAGCUAGGUUAAAAGAGAGAAAUUGGAGAUCGGCAAAAACCCCUAAUCAGCUGCUUAGGAAGAAAGACGGAAACAAAAGAAAUCAAAAAUCCGAUGGGGAGGAAGAAGGGAUUGCCGGAGUUCGAAGAGUCGGCGCCGGAUGGAUUCGAUCCUGAGAAUCCGUACAAGGAUCCGGUUGCGAUGGUGGAGAUGAGAGAACACAUUGUUCGUGAGAAAUGGAUCCAUAUCGAGAAGGCUAAGAUCUUACGUGAGAAGGUCAAAUGGUGUUACCGCGUCGAAGGCGUUAACCAUUACCAGAAGUGUCGUCAUCUUGUUCAGCAGUAUCUCGAUGCCACUCGCGGCGUUGGUUGGGGCAAAGACCACCGUCCUAUCUCUCUUCACGGUCCUAAGCCAGUAGCUGUUGAAGAAGCUGAAUGAUGUUGUGUGCGUGAUUGAUCUUUGGUGAGUGAGAGCUUUGAUUACCAUACAUGAAUGGAGUCUCUGUUGCAAGUUAAUGCUCCACAUCAAGGUUGUUACUUGAUUUAUGCUUUUCUGUUUCGUAAAACAUAUAUUACUAAUUGGACUUGGGAGUUCCAAUUGGUUAAGCUCAGCUUCGUUUUUCAAAUGAUUUAUAUAUAUUUUUGGCUUGUUGUACAUUGCGUCCCUGUUUGUCGAAAUAAUGAAAUUCCCAAGUACCUUUUUGC